AUGAUUCCAGCAAAUAAAUCACCUUAAGAAGUUGAAAUAUUCUUUUACUAUUAAUAAGCUAUAAAUAACUUAGAGUAGGGGAGAAUUGAUGAUGGGAAGGUCUAACUGAAAAACUUGCUACAUCACAAGAUUGUAUAGAGUUAAGACAAUAAAACUAUUCAUUAUGCUACUUUAAUAUCAUUAGCUGAAGUAUGUGGAAGAAGCAAUUAAAUUCAUGAGAAAUGUGAAGCUCUAAAAUACUAUCAUGAAAGUAAUGCCAUCAUUGAAGAUUGCUGGGAAACAAAUAGAAAAAUGGCCAUCAUCUUUAGAUAAAUAGGACUUAUUUCUAGAGCCUUGCAUUUAACUUUAAAAGCGUAUUUAUUUAUCUUUAGAAUUUAGUUUAGAAUCUUGUUAAUAAGCUUAAGGAAAACUAAUAUUGUAUUAUUAAGUUUGCUGUUUAGCUUUCUUAAUUAAUGAAGUCGAUUACUUUAAUUAGUAUUUGGAAAGGAUUCCUGAUGAAAAUAAAUUAAAAUAAUAACUCUUAGAAUUGGAUUAGUAUAUCAAGGAAUAAAAAAUAUCUCAAUUUGUAAAUGAACUGCUAGAAGAAAGAAAUUAAAUUUCUAAAAAAAUAGCAUAAAUACCAAAAGAAUAUUUAAUUCUAGAUUACUUUUAUUAAGAAUAUGAAUGUGAUAUUUUUUUGGAUGAAUAGGAUAUUAAUAAGUUUUUUAAAAAACUUAAAAGACUAUUAAUAAAUAAUUUACACAUAGAUGAUAAUUCAGAAGAUGUACACUAAAAAGAUAUUUCAAUUCUUCUCAAAACUUUUUUCAUUAUCAAAUCUAAAAAAUAAAAGCUUGUUCAAAUAAAUAAAUUGAAAUAAUAGCAUGAAAAAAAUGUUAAAUAGCGUUUAAAAUAGAAAUUAAACCUUACUAAUGAAUAAAAUUAUUAAGAGAAAUUUUCAUUAUAAUCUAGUUUGUAGAAAGAUAAUUCUCAAUCAAUUGAAACAAUGAAAAAAUGUGGUAUUAAUUUUGAAUUAAUUUCAAUCUUUGGAAAAAAUACAAUUAUAAAUAAUGAACAAAUUCCAGAUCCAGAAUAAAACUAAAAUAAAACUAUAAAUAAUAAUUAAAUGGGUUAAUAUUUAAUAUAAAAACUUUCAACUUAAAAAUUUUAUUUUUUAACAUUAUUAAAUUAACUUACAGAACUAAUAUAUAAGAUACCUGAAGAAUUAAAUAUAGAUUAAGAAACAAUUGAUUAAGCAUAAAAUUAAUUAAUUAAAUGUUAUAUAUGGGCAUAAUAUUUUAUGAAUGAAUUAACUAAUGAUCCUAAAAUUGAUCUAAAGAUAUUAUCCUAAUUGUUCAAUGAAUUUAAAUUAAGAAUAAAAAAUGAAAAAAAUAAAACAAAAAGGUAAAUAAUCAAACUAAAAAAUUAUUCAAAAUUAAUAUUUAAACUAAAUGAUAAAUUAUUAUUUCAAAUUAGUUUCAAAAAAUGUUAAAAAGAACAAUAAAUAUCAUAAACCAAAGAUUUUAAAAUGAUUAUGUCUCAAAUUCAUAAUGAAUUCAAUAUAUUAAAGAAUUUUUCAAUUAUGAAUUCCAAUUAAAAUUAACUUAAUAAAAAUCAAUAAUUAAAUAAACUUUUAGAAUUUUCAUUACCAGAAAUUUUAGAAUUUUGGGAAGAACCAAAUUAUUUAAUUGAAAAAGGGGAUCAAAUAUCUUCCUAAGUGGCUAAAAUAAAGAAUUUCUUAAAAGAUGAAAAUAGAAUAUUAGACCCAAAAGAAACCUAUUUAAAAAUAUUAAAUGCUUGUAUUAAGCAAUUAUAUUUUAGAAAAACAAAAGAAUAAUGCAAAUAAGUAUUCCAAAUAAUUAAACCAAUUUUUGAAUAAUUCUAUAAAAUACCAUAAUUUAAUUCAAUAAUUGCUUUAUGCUUCUUAAAAUUGUCAUUUAUUUAUGGAGCUUUAGAUGAAGAAGCAAGUUAUCCAUUAUACUUAUUUUUAUCAUUCUAUUAUAAGAAGUUAGAUUUUCCAUAAAAGGAACUCUUGUUAAUUACAACACUAUAAUUAAAAUAAAUUUCGCUGUGUAAAUUUUUAGAACUAUUUAAUUUGAAUCAAGUAAUUAUUGACUUGCUAAAUUUAAGAUAAAAAAUGAAACAAGAUUAUCAGAAAGCUUUAAGAAAUUUUACAGAAACAUUUUAAGAUUAAUAUGAUGUUUAGUAUUAUUUACUAAAUUAAAUUAAUGAGAAACCAGGUAUUUAUGGUCAUUGUAUUGUUAAAAAAAAUCAAAUGUAAAUUGAGACUUAACCUGUUGAAACAGGCAAAAAUGUAGCUCCACCUGAAUCAUAUUCAAGUGAAUCUGAGGAUGAUUAUAAUUAUAAUUUUCCUUAUUAAAUAAAUUUCAAAGAGAUUAAAUUGAUCAAUGAAUAAUUAACUGAUCCUUUUAAAAUUGGAUAGAAUUAAUAUUAAUUUAGCAUUGAAAAAUAAAAAUAUUUAUUAAAUCAUAAAUUUACUGUAAAUUUGGGUGAUCCUAAGAUAUCUGGUUAAAUAAAAAGGGUUUCAAAAGAAAUCAUUAAAUAAUAAUAUUUUAUUUCCACUAAAGAGAUUAAAAAAACAUUUAUUGUUUAUUUCUUUGAAAACUAUUAUUUCAGUCCAAAUUAUAUUCAAAAAGAAUUACAAGAAAAUGAAAUUAAAUUUAUUGGUUAUUUUUUACCAAUAUGCUAUAAUAAGUUUCCAGAUAAAAAAUUAGUACAUAAUUUUGCAAAUAAUGUUAUUUUAAAAAAUAUUCCAAAAAAAAUAGAUACAUAAGUUUAUUAAUAUGCAAAUGCAUUAAAUUAAUAAAUUUUUUCAAAGUCACCUUAAUAGUAACCUCCUAAAUUUAAUGAAAUGAGAGAUCUUAUAGUAUCAUAAAAGUUAUAAAAUGAAUAUAUGGCAAAUAUUUAUUAUUUGCUUUAAUUAUCAAGAGAAGAUGAAAAAAAUCAUAUUUAUAUUUGUAUAGCAAUUGCAUUGAAUGAGAUUUCUUUUUUUUGGAAUUAUUUUUAUAUGAAAAUUUUUAAUUUAGCAUACAAUUAAUUAAAUUAAAAAGUAUAAACUUAAGAUGUUGACUGGUUUAUAUGCUAAAAAAAGAUAUAAGUUCAUAUUUAAAAAUAUUAAAGUUUAGCUCAUCUUUUUGAAUAUAGGUUCAUUAUGGAUUUACUUAAAGCAUAGCAAAGGUAAUUAGAAUAUGAAAGUUAACCAAAUGAAAAAAAUUAUUAAAAAGUUUAGCAAGCAUAUUAAUAUUUACUAUAAUAGAAUUAAAUUACAAUACCAUCUGAUAUUUAUCAAUUAUAGCACAAUUUCAGAGCAAUUUUAUUAAUUGAAAAAAAAAUAUUAAGAAAACUAAGGAGUAUUCCAAUAGAGAGGAUUAUUUAAUCAAUUUCCAAUUAUUCAUGUAUUAAUAAACUUAUUAUACAAAUGAAAGAAAAAUAGAUAAAUUAUUUUUAUAAUUCUUCAGAAGGGGAAGUAGAAAGUAUAUCAGAUUUAUAAAUAAAUGUUUAUAAAUAUCUUAGAAGAUUUAUUUAGAGUAAUAAUGUAAGUGGUUUAAACAAAUUACUGGAAAUAAUAGGAAGUAAAAUACCAUUGUUAAUGGAAAACAUAAAAGAUAAUGAUGAAUUCUAAUAUUAAUUAUCACCCGAAUUAAGAUUUUAUAAAACAUAAUCAUAAGAGAAAUAAAAUGAGGCACUCAAUUAAUAUUUGAUAUCCAAAGACUUUCAACAAAAAAUAAAUAUUGUGAUGAUGAACUUGUGCUCAUUUUUUGAAAAAAUCAAAAUGAGAAUUGAUCGUGCUGCUCCUUAAAGAUAUGUGAUAGAAGGUAUAUAUUAUUUUUGUCAUAUACAAUUAAACAAUAAGAAUUUAACAAAAGAAAAGCUUGAAAAUUUAUAUUAAAUCAUUUCAUUAAUAUUUUCCACUUAACAUAAAGAUUUAAUAAAAUAUUAAAAAAGGUAUGGUGAUGAAUUUUGUGAAUAAGAUUAAGUCUUAAGAUAUUAUUAUCAUCAUGAUCUUGUAUUUUAAUACUUAAAAUAAAAGAUAAUUAAACUUGUUAUGAGAAUAUAUAUUUUAAGUAAGAAGUGGAAAGAGCUUAUUGAAUUACUUGAAUUAUUGCCUAAACAAUUCGAUAUAAGGGGAUAUUAAAUUUGUUUAGCAUUAAUAGAAAAUUAGAAAUAAUUUGAAGACCCUUAAUUGUUAAAAGAUGCUUUAUGUUAAAUUGAUUAUUUUCUUAAACGAAAUUAAUAGUAUUAAAUUUUGAAUGAAAAUAAAGAAUACAAUAAUAUGUAUGUUAAAUUAUAUGAUAUAUUUUUGAUUUAAGAAUAAAAUACUAAAGAUACAUAAUCAGAAAUAGAAAAGAUAUUUUAGGCAAAAAAGUUUAUAAUUAACUAAAUUAAGAUAUUAAAGAAAUGCAAAAGGGAUACUUUGUAAUAUUAAGAGCCUUAAAAUUUUAUAGAAAUAGGUUGA